AUGUCUUCUACUACAACCACCCAGAAGGCCCCCACGGCCGGAAUCGUCACAAAAGACACCCACGGCAACGACUUCCGUGUGCCGGACUACACCAUCAAGGACAUUCUCCAGGCGAUCCCCAAGGACUGCUACAACCGUUCCUUGGUGCGUUCUCUAGGCUAUGUUGCCAGAGAUAUCGCCAUGAUGGUUUUCAUUGGCUGGGCUGGAAACUCGAUGAUUCCUAUGGUGGCCCUGCCGCUCGUCCGAGGCUGUCUCUGGGCGCUCCAGCUGUACCUCAUUGGUCUUUUUGGCUUUGGACUCUGGAUCCUAGCCCACGAGUGUGGACAUGGUGCUUUUUCUGAUUACCAGAACAUCAACGAUUUUGUUGGAUGGGUCCUCCACUCGUACCUCGGCGUGCCCUACUUUUCCUGGAAAUUCUCCCAUGCCAAACACCACAAGGCCACAGGCCAUUUGUCCAGAGAUAUGGUUUUUGUGCCUCACACCCAGGAGGAGUUUGUGGAGGGCCAUGGAGCCAAUAAGAUCGGAGAAGUUAUGGAGGACCUGCCUAUCUGGACUUUGGCGGUGCUUCUUUUCCAGCAGCUUGGCGGUUUGCAGUUUUAUUUAGCCACCAACGCUACGGGUCAGAGCAUUCCUGGAGUUUCAUGGUGGGCCAAGUCCCAUUACGCUCCGAAAUCGCCCAUUUUCGAAAAAAACCAGUUUUGGUACAUCAUCCUCAGCGACAUUGGCAUCUUGGCGACCGUUUUCGGCGUCUACACUGCUACCCAGGCUUUUGGCGCUUUCCCUGUGCUUGUGAAUUGGUUUUUUCCCUGGCUCUGGGUCAACCACUGGCUCGUUUUCGUCACUUUCCUCCAGCACACCGACCCUUCGAUGCCCCAUUAUUCUGAAAAAGAAUGGACUUUUGCCAGAGGCGCUGCAGCCACCAUCGACCGUGAUUUCGGGUUUGUGGGCCAGCACAUUUUCCACGAUAUUAUUGAAACCCACGUUCUCCACCACUACGUGCUGAGAAUUCCCUUCUACAACGCCAGAAAGGCCACCAAGGCCAUCAAGGAGGUCAUGGGCGAGCACUACCGGUACGAGGGCGAGUCGAUGUGGAAGUCGUUGUGGAAGGUGCUUCGUUCGUGCCAGUUUGUUGCCGAUGAGGACAAGAACGGCGUCUACAUGUUCAGGAAUGUGAACGGCAUCGGCGUGAGGCCCCAGUGA